UUGGCCUCCUUCAGGGAAGAGGAAUGUGGGGAGUGUGAGAGUGGCCUUUCUUCCUUUGCCUGCCGAAUUUGGGAUAGCAGGUCCUGAAUUCCAUCAGAUGCAGAAGUUUUAUUAAUUGUUGGUGAGGAUGAUGGAGGGAAGCUGUUUACUCCAGAAGAAUAUGAAGAAUACAAAAGAAAAGUUUUACCAAUGCGAUUGCAGAACAGAUUAUUUGUGAGCUGGCAAUCACCAACAGGAAUGGAUUGUAGACUAAUUGGCCCAGAAACACGAUGCUUUUGUACACAUAGGUAUAAACAACAUAAAACUGACUUUGAAAUGGUUCCGCCGCAGCGCCCCAUUCUUCUGCCCUGCAGGGUGACCGGCUGCCCAUGCAGGGCUUAUCUCUAUGUUCCCUUGUGUGGUGCUCAGCUCAUUCGCUGCAGGUGUAAACACUUUGCUGAUCAGCACAGUGCUGUGCCUAACUUUGGGUGCAAUAAAUGUACCAAGUGUUCAGAGUUCCAUAGCUGCUUCACUUGUGCAUGUGGUCAGCCUGCAUAUACCCAUAACACGGUGGUGGAAACCAUGCAAGAAAGAUUGGCUCAGGGAAAACCAGUGGGACAGGAUGUGCCUUAUGCAGCCAUGGGAGGAUUAACUGGUUUCAGCUCACUGAUGGAAGGCUACAUGCGCUUGGAUAACAGUGGUAUUGGUACACCCUCAGCAGAAUUUUUAGACUUUCCAGUUACAGCCAUGGACCACCCCUUUCUAAAAGCAUUUCAAGCACCAUCUUAUUUGUCUCCAGAAGCACUAACAAAUGGUAGAAGUAGUCAGAUUUCUUCUUUAAGGAGACCUGGGGAGGAUGAUAUGGCUUUCUUUGAAAGACGAUACCAGGAAAGGAUAAAAAUGGAAAAGGCUGCUAAGAAGAAAGGAAAAGUUCCAUUGCCAUCAAUUAAAAAACUUUCAUGAAGCCUAUUGGAAAAAUGUAAACCAUCAUCCAGAUACAUCUUUUUCCAUGUUUACUC